GUCCCUUUCUUGACAUCGACUUCUUUCGGUCUGUGGCUCUAGCCGGCUUCCCAGAGGCGGCCCUGAGCAGGGGUAGCGCUGCCCUGAGAGGCACUUCCGGUUGCAGGUCACUUCCGGGUUUAAACUUAAACGAUCGCUCUCCGAGGAGGAGGGGACCCGUCUCGCGAUUGACAGUGUAUUCCUGCAGGCGCAGUCCCUCAGCCCCCACCCCACGGCCGGAUUCCCGUGGCUCUGCUCCGGGCUGAAACCCGAGAAGAAAUCCUUCGAUUUCUUUUCUUUACAACAAAUACUAACCUUGAAACCAUCGGCAUUUUGCUUUGGCGUUUCCUAUCGGAAAGAUGAAGAAGUUUUUCGACUCCAGGCGGGAGCAGGGCAGCUCUGGCCUGGGCUCAGGCUCCAGCGGAGGAGGGGGCAGCAGCUCAGGCCUGGGCAGUGGCUACAUCGGAAGGGUCUUUGGCAUCGGGCGGCAGCAGGUCACUGUGGACGAAGUGCUGGCGGAAGGUGGAUUUGCUCUUGUCUUUCUGGUGAGAACAAGCAAUGGGGUGAAAUGUGCCUUGAAACGUAUGUUUGUCAACAAUGAGCAUGACCUCCAGGUGUGCAAGAGGGAAAUUCAGAUCAUGAGGGACCUCUCAGGGCACAAGAACAUUGUGGGCUACAUUGAUUCUAGUAUCAACAAUGUAAGCAGUGGCGACGUAUGGGAAGUUCUCAUUCUCAUGGACUUCUGCAGAGGAGGACAGGUGGUAAACCUGAUGAACCAGCGUCUACAAACAGGCUUUACAGAGAAUGAAGUCCUGCAGAUAUUCUGUGACACCUGUGAGGCUGUUGCCCGCCUACAUCAGUGCAAAACUCCUAUUAUCCACCGGGACCUGAAGGUUGAAAAUAUCCUCUUGCAUGACCGAGGCCACUAUGUCUUGUGUGACUUUGGAAGUGCCACCAACAAAUUCCAGAACCCACAGGCCGAGGGAGUCAAUGCUGUAGAAGAUGAAAUUAAGAAAUAUACAACGCUCUCCUACCGAGCCCCAGAAAUGGUCAACUUGUACAGUGGCAAAAUCAUCACUACGAAGGCAGACAUUUGGGCUCUUGGCUGUUUAUUGUAUAAAUUAUGCUACUUCACUUUGCCAUUUGGGGAGAGCCAGGUGGCAAUUUGUGAUGGAAGCUUCACAAUUCCCGAUAACUCUCGAUAUUCUCAAGACAUGCACUGCCUUAUUAGGUAUAUGUUGGAACCAGACCCUGACAAAAGGCCGGAUAUUUACCAGGUUUCCUACUUCUCAUUUAAACUGCUCAAGAAAGAAUGCCCAGUUCCAAAUGUACAGAACUCUCCCAUUCCUGCAAAACUUCCUGAACCAGUGAAAGCCAGUGAGGCAGCUGUAAAAAAGACCCAGCCAAAGGCCAGACUGACAGAUCCCAUUCCCACCACAGAGACUUCAAUCGCACCCCGCCAGAGGCCUAAGGCUGGGCAGACUCAGCCAAACCCAGGAAUUCUUCCCAUUCAGCCAGCCCUGACUCCUCGUAAAAGGGCCACUGUUCAGCCCCUACCUCAGGCUGCAGGACCCAGCAGUCAACCUGGCCUUCUAGCCAGUGUUCCCCAACCUAAAGCCCAACCCACACCUAGUCAACCUCUUCAGCAAUCUCAGCCCAAGCAGUCACAGGCUCCAUCCACCCCACAGCAGACACCUUCUACCCAGACCCAAGGUCUGCCUACCCAGGCCCAGGCCACUCCCCAGCACCAGCAGCAGCUCCUCCUCAAACAGCAGCAACAACAGCAGCAGCAGCCACAGCAGCCAACAGGCACCUUUUACCAGCAGCAGCAGCAGCAGCAGCAGCAGCAGCAGCAGGCUCAGACACAGCAGUUUCAGGCAGGACAUCCAGCAGCCCAGCAACCAGUCACUGCUCAGUUCCCUGUGGUGUCGCAGGGAGGCUCUCAGCAACAGAUGAUACAGAACUUUUACCAGCAGCAGCAACAGCAGCAACAGCAGCAGCUGAUGACACAGCAGGCUGCCCUGCAGCAGAAGACUGCUGUGGUAGUACCACAGCCUCAGCCACAGCCAGCCACAGCUCCACAGCCAGCUGCUGCUCAGGAGCCUGCGAUUCAAGCUCCACCAAGACAACAGUCAAAGGUUCAGACAACUCCACCUCCAACUAUCCAGGGUCAGAAAGUUGGAUCUCUCACUCCUCCAUCAUCCCCUAAAACCCAGCGUGCUGGGCACAGGCGAAUCCUCAGUGAUGUAACCCACAGUGCAGUCUUUGGGGUUCCUGCCAGCAAAUCAACCCAGCUGCUCCAGGCAGCUGCAGCUGAGGCCAGUCUCAAUAAAUCUAAGUCUGCAACUACCACUCCCUCGGGCUCUCCACGGACCUCGCAACAGAAUGUCUCCAAUGCUUCUGAAGGUUCAACAUGGAAUCCUUUUGAUGAUGACAACUUCUCCAAACUCACAGCUGAAGAACUGCUUAACAAGGACUUUGCCAAGCUUGGGGAAGGAAAGCUUCCUGAGAAGCUUGGUGGCUCAGCAGAGAGUUUGAUCCCAGGUUUCCAGUCAAAACAAGGAGAUGCUUUUGCCACUUCCUCAUUUUCUGCUGGAACUGCUGAAAAAAGGAAGGGUGGGCAGGCUGUGGACUCUGGCAUCCCACUUCUAAGUGUGUCUGAUCCUUUCAUUCCUCUUCAAGUACCUGAUGUUCCAGAAAAAUUAAUCGAGGGACUCAAAUCUCCUGAUACUUCUCUUCUGCUCCCUGACCUCUUGCCUAUGACAGAUCCUUUCGGCAGCGCUUCCGAUGCUGUGACUGAAAAGGCCGAUGCUGCUGUUGAGAGUCUCAUACCUGGACUGGAGCCGCCUGUUGCUCAGCGCCUCCCAUCUCAGACGGAGUCUGUGACCUCAAACCGCACAGACUCUCUCACUGGGGACGACUCUCUGCUUUCUAAUCCCACUGCCGACCUUCUGGAAGAGUUCGCCCCCAUACCACUCUCUGCUCCCACUCACAAAGCUGCAGAAGAUAGUAAUCUCAUCUCAGGUUUCGGUGUCGCUGAGGGCUCGGAAAAGGUGGCAGAAGAUGAGUUUGACCCUAUUCCUGUACUGAUAACCAAAAACACACAAGGUCUCCAGAGAGAACCCAGUCCUUGUCCUGUAAUUACUGUAGAGCACUUUAAAGAACCUGUGGGUGCCAAAGGCCUCGCCCUCUAUCCAGAUCCCUGCAAAAUUUCUGGAACAAAGACUCAGAACACCUUAGAGUCUGACUCCCUGGCCCGAGAGGGUCCUUCCAGCAAUAGCUCCUUCCACAGCAGCGAGGAGGAGGGCACUGACCUGGAGGGAGACAUGUUGGACUGCAGCGGGUCUCGGCCUCUCCUGGAGUCUGAAGAGGAGGAUGAGAGCUGCAGACCUCCUCAGGGGAAGCUGGGAGAAGCCACCCUGUUCGCUGAGCCUGGAGUGUCUGCUGAGCCAGAAAAGGGGGGACGAGGCGGGAAAAAGAGCCAAUUCUUGCCAGUCAACCAACAGGCCUCAGAUGAUCUCGGAGAGCCUGAUGUCUUUGCCGUAGCCCCCUUCAGGAGCUCACUGGUUCCAGCAGAUGACGUGGACAUUUUCUCCAAAGCCCCUUUUGUCUCCAAGGGCAGUAUAGCUCCUUCCCAGACAGAGGAGGUGGAUGUGUUCUCCAGAGCUCCUUUUACCAAGAAGAGGAGCGUGGAGGAGUUACUGGCUGUGCAGGGCUCCUCACAGGAUUUGCCGGUGCAGGCCAGCCUUAGUCAGCCCAGUGAAGGGCUCCUGCUUCCAGGCCGUGAUAGAGCCAUGUACCCCCCUGCCCAGGUGCAGUAUCCUGUGACUGGCUUUGCACAGCAGGCCGGUCUCCCCUCCCACUCUGUCCAGGUGGCAGACCAUUUUGACAGCAGCUCUCCCCGAGGAUCUCCCCUGGAAUCUGGGAGUCAUCCUACUGACAGAAACAGAGGACUGCAGUCCCAGAAAGAAGCCUUCUCCGGGCCUAUGGUUGGCAAGCCAUUCCGCCCCCAGGCUUUAUCCAAAUAUUCCCGACACUAUAGCCCAGAAGAUGAGCCAAGUCCAGAAGCUCAGCCCAUCGCUGCCUACAAGAUUGUUUCGCAGAGCAAUAAGCAGUUGCUAGCUGGCUCUGUGUCUGUCACAUCUCUGUCCUCCAGGACUACAGAGCUGCCUGCCGCCGACCCUUUCGCUUUAGCGCCCUUUCCGUCAAAAACAGGCAAACAGAAACCGUAGGCAUGAGACCAGCCUGUGGCCUGCCUCCACCUACCCCACCAGCACCUAUCACACCACUCCUGGCUGGCCUUUCAGGGAGUAGCCACUGUGACCUUGCAGUCCCUGCCUCAGAGCAGAAGCUCUUUAGGUUACACUUCCUGCUUUGGUUUAUACUCAUUUCUUGCCACGUGGGCAUUGCUGUUCCUUCAUAUAGGCAUUCCACCUGCACUCUGAACUCUGAUUUGUUUCUGCCUAGACACCUCUUUAAUCCAGGAAUAUUUUACCCGCUGUUAACCACAACUUUGAAGGCCAGCAGCUCCUGUGGGGAGGUGCUUGGAUCAAAGAGUCAAGAUGAAUCCCUCCAGCACUCAACGAUACUCUUGAAACAGAGAUUUCUAGGGGGAAAAAAAAACAGCAAUAUAAACCUACUGCACAUCUGAAAAAGUUAGUCCUUCAGCUCCUCAUUAUUCAUUCCUGUGGAGCCAGCAGCUCUCAGAGGAUUCUGGAAUCUGUCACCGAGUCUAUAUGAGCCAAGCUGGCCUGUGUGCACAGAUGUCUGGUGCAUGAUGUGGGUCAGGUUCUCUGUCAAGCAGAAGAGCAUACUGGUGGGAAAAGCUCACUCUGCCUUCCCACAGUUCACUUUUUAGACUAGAAUGGAUACAUGCGUGUGCAUGCAUACAAGAAACCGUUUCCUUAGAGUGAAACCGCCAUGCCUACCUCCAUUAUCCAAUCAUUUCCUUGUAUUUGCCUGUUGACCUGACUUGAACCUUGGCUUUAUUUGGAUUUUUUUUUUCUCAUGGUAAAAUUGAAGUUGUUGGACCAUAUGGGGCAAUUCUGUUGAAAAUGAGGUUUCAGGAUGAAUUUUUAAAAUUCCAUUUACCUGGUUUUGAAAAAAUCAAGUAUCUAAAACUGGACAUGGUAUCUCGUGCUUGUAAUCCUAGUUCUUGGGAAACUGAGACAGGAGAAUUACCACAAGUUAGAGGCUAACCUGGUCUUAAUACUGAAUUCCAGGCCACCAUAUCUCAACACCCUCUCCUCCCACCCAAAAAAGUCACUGGUUCUUCUGUUUUUCCCUGGUAACAGAGGAAGAGCAUCUUUAGUGUUGUAGUCACUGGGAAUCCUUCCUGGGUACCAUUGUUAUAAAAUUCAUUAAUCAGGAGCCUAAGCCACAAACUACAUUGCCUGUUUUCUCCCCCAAAACUUUCCCCAUACUCCUCUGUUGCCUCUUGAAGUUGAAAAUGAGAAAGCGUUGGUCAGCUGUCCUUGCAAAUCUUUAAAUUAGCUGUUCCGUUCAGAUGUUAAAGUAGAACAGACAGGUGACUGGCUGUGUCUUCAGAAGUGCGUUUUUAUUUCUGGAAAGCUCUGACUCAUCCCCGUGUUUUCAUACCAUUCAUUUUUAGUGCCUUAAAAGAAAGCCCAUGACUCUGCAGGGAGGUUUCUGCUGAGGAAGCCGAGUUUCAUGGAGACAGCCUGCACCAUACUCAGGGUGUGUGCUUACAACUUCUAGCAUAGUUCCUCCACUUGUUCGGGGAACUCUGGAGAGUUCAUCAAGCUAGAUUAGUGAUAAAAAAAACUGCUAGUAACUGGGCAUGGGAGCAUAUACUCCUGUAAGCAGGAAAGGGGUUCAAGGCCAGCCUAGACUACCUGAGACACUGUCCCCCAAAAUAAAAGAAUUACUGAAAAUUUAUCCGGUAAUGAAGCCUAAAUGUCAGGCUGCACUUGCAAUCAUUUAGUUGUGAUGUCCUUUAGAUUUGAAAGUCAGGGUCUGGGUGUACAACUGGGUGGAAGAAUGCAUGUUUGUAUGCACCAUACCCUGGGUUCUGUCCUUGGUACCCCCAGAAAUAAUAGAAUAAAGCCCAGGACUCUUGGCAGUUAACAUAAGAAUGGUUACUUUUUGCCUGGUGUGGUGGCAGGCACCUUAACCUCAGAACUUAUGAGGCAGAGACAGGUGGAUCUCUGUGAAUUUGAGGUCAGCCUUGUCUACAUAGCAAGAUUCAGGCCAGCCAGUGAACGAAAGCUUGUCUGAAGAGGGUGAAAGGGAACUUUUUUUUAGUACUUCUCUUUUUGGUGUUCUCCACCUGUUUGAAUAACAGGCAGUAUAUCAGGGUCUCCGCCCCCACCAGAAACCUGCCUUCCACUUCAUUAAAGCCUAACUAUUCUCUCUAGGAAUUUGCUUUCUCAGUUAUUGUUUUUGAAUGUUUUGAAUACUAGUGGAUACAAACUGGUCUUUCUGUUAAAUGAGUAGCUUGGGAAUAUACACGGAAUUUUGCAACCAAUCUUCCCACACUUGUUUUCAGGUGAAUUCCUCAAAGGCAUGUGUAAACGGGGAUGGGACUGUUUAGACAGGGUCCUCACUUGAUGUCACAAGCUCUUUUCCAGGUUGCAGCAUAGACCUGUAGUCCCAGCUGCUUAGAAGGCUGAGACAGGACAGCCUGAACCUAGCAUCUCAAGGCCAGCUCUAGCAACUUACAAGCACCCGUCUCAUGAAUAGAAAUUUCAGAAUGCAAGGUCAGCUACGUAACCGUGCUGAAACUGUUUUAACUUUGAUUACUAUAUCACUCCAUCUAAUCAAACAGUCAUUUUAAUUCACAAGGUCCAAAUUAGAAUAAAAUCACGCACUCCUUAUUUUAUAUAGUUGAAUCGUUUGUGAAGUGUGGGCUUGAGGCCUUUUUCAUCUACUGAGUAGGAAGUCUAUCUGUCUUUUACUGGGAAGUGAGUGUGACCACAUGCAGCUUGUCUUUUCCUCUGUGGCACUUUGUGAAGGAAAUGUGACAAGAGACUAGCCAUCACGUGAGUUCUGAAGGAAGAGUCUGGAUUACAGGAUUAGUGUGCAGUUGAAUGAUCAGAUAUCCUGGUGGGAUACCAUCCUGAGUGAAAAUCUGGAAAGUUUGUUUUACGGGGAAUUAAGAGUGCAUAAAGUCUAUGAAUCAAUUGUAAAUUCCCAGUGACCAUACUCUAACAGUUUAAUAAUUAGGAAGAGGAACAGUGUCAAUGAAGUACUGUACUUUGUUUUAAUUUCCACUAUGUGUUAGUCACUUUGUAUAUUUCAUAGGAAACACAGAAAAUUGUGAACUUUGGACUCAGUAGAAAAAGAUGAGUCAGAAUAUCCUUAGAUAAAGCCUUAAGCCACAUCAUGCACUAAUGAAUGAUGUGGUAGACCGAGGAAGUAGCUCAGAGAUGGAGCCUGGCACAGUGAGGCCCUGGGUUCCUCCCUAUUAGCUGACUAAUGAGCACUGUUAAAUGAGCUAACUUAUGUGUCAUGGAAAAUGUCUCACUAAUUUCUUAGGCUUACAAUACAGCUCUUUAGGGCCAAAUCUAUGGUUAGCACCAAAAAAAUAAAUAAAAUAAGAAGUGAACAUCUAUGGCAGGCAUACCUACAAUUCCCGCACCACUCAAUACAUGGGAGACCGAGGCAAAACAAUUGUGAGUUCAAACCAAGACCAGCCUGAGCAGCUUAGCAGGACCUUAAUAUUGCAAAUUUAAAGAGGGCUGGUUUUGUAUUUAAGUGGUAGAAUGCUUACCUAGCAUAUGCAACCACUGGAUUUAAUUAACUCCAGUACCAGGAGACGAGAGAGCACACAAAUUGUUCAUCGUGUGAUGGUGAACAAUCUAGCCUUGGAAGUGAGGAAAGUUGGUUCUGAGAGCAAAUUUUAGUUCAUGUAGGUUGUUUUGUCUUGGCUCACUGGUAGGGGUGAAGACCUAUGUACUGGUGCAGGCCCCAGUGUGUGUGUGUGUGUGUGUGUGUGCGUGUGUGUGUGUGCGUGCACACGCGUGUGCUAACCGUCUUCUACUCACUAACCCAUGUUGUAUCUCAGUUUCAUCUGGCAACUGAGAUCUUCUAGACAUUCAACAGAAUGCUGUCUUUCUGGCUUGUUGUGUAUUUAUUAAGUGUUGGACUAUAUGCUUGUCAGUGUUUUCAGCCACUCUUCACUGGUGCAUAAAGUAUUAGAGUGAUCUGAUGAUAAGAAAUUCUGUAUUUUUAUUCUGUAAAUGAAAAUACUCAAAAUAUGUAUCAGAUUGUAUGAUAUGUAUGCAUUACUUCAAAUAGGAAACUUAAGAGAAGGAAAUGCAGUGCUCUCUCCGACAGGAAUGGGGCAACAUCCGGUGGAGUCCAUUUGGGUCCCUCAACUGUAAAGAGAUGUUGCUCCCUGCUGUGUCUUUUGCAUUCAACCUUGAGAGCACAUCCCAGUCAACUCCCAAACAGCUGCUGGUUACAGCAUUUUUUAAAAUCAGAAUCAAACAUUUUGAUGACAGGUAGUUUGCAGGAGUACAGCGGAAGAAGGCGGGAGCAUCUUGACACUUUCCGUGGCCACCCUGUUUCCGAGCCUUCCAGUGCUUCACUAAAAGAUUAAACACUGGGGGUUGUAAGUGAAAUCAUGUCAUUUGAGUGAUAACCUUUGUCAAUCAAUAUUUGUUUUGUUUUAACCACCAGAACACUUUAAUGAUAAAAAAAAAACUAAAGAAAAGGUUUCAAAAUGCUUAAAAAUAAAAAGUAGUGUCUAAUUGUAAAUUGUUUCCGUUUUGUUCCCAGAGGUCUUUGUGUCCCCCACUCCCCAUUCCUACUCUCCCUUAAUUUCCUCCCUCAGCAUUCUCCUGAACUGUCACACUAGCUUGCGGUGGCUACUCUAAAAUCUCAUUUUAGGAUUCAGGCCAGCCUUGACAAUCUAGCAGUGAAAUGGUUCACCUUCCCCUAGAAUCAAGGACAGAGGAAGGUUGGUAGGACCCAGCUUUCCUCUGUGGAGAUGUAGCCCAGAGGGCACUCUGCCCACUGAUCCUACAUAGCUCUAGAAUGAGUACAUAUGUGAGCAGACUCUAGAAGGGCAAAAAGAGCAAAAAUAGCUAACUGCUGGUCAUGGGAACACAUGCCUGUAAUGAGGCAAGAGGUUCACUGUGAGUUCGAGGCCUGCUUGGGCUACAUAGCAAGACCUUGUCUCAAAACACACACACACACACACACACCCAAAGGCUAAAUAUUAACUACAUGUGGCUUGUUAACUACAAAGUUUCUGUAACUUGUAAUUCCAUUAGUUUUGUCAGCUAUAGUUCAGCAACCUCAGCCUCUGGCUUAGGCAAGUGUUACACAAAUCUGAGUUGAUAGUAAACAUUAUUUGUACUGCCUUAUGGUGGAACCAUGUAUAUAUACACAAAGGGGAUCAGAUUCCCUUUGGCAAGGAAUUUCAGAAUGGAUUUUUCAGCAUCAAUCAAAAAUAGGUCAGGGUUGGCUGAUACCACGUGCUUGGACUGCGAGGACCCAUGUCCAGUCUCCAACACUUUGACUCUGAGGUAAUGGGAGGCAGUAGAAUGCUUUCCUUUGGAAAUAGUGUGCCUGCUGUGUUCUGCAAAUCUACCAAAGAUUCUUGUGUAAAGGGUUUCUCAGUGUCUGUGUGCGCAGACCUGCAUCUUCCUGCUUCCUUCGUGGGGUUAACUCCAGCCCUUCAGUUAAUCAUCUGAAGAGGAUUGGGGAGGGACCACAGGCAGCUGGCCAAAACCUCUGCCCUCUGCCAAAACCUCCAAAUUUAGCAUUGGAGUUGUUUGCAUAUGGUGAGGGAGUGACUAGCCAUUGCUUGAGCAUUCUUCCCAAGUAAGCGCCUUCUUGUGGGUGGCACUGGGAGGACAGUGGUGACCUGCACCAUAGGCCCUGAAGAUGUUAUUUUGAAUGGAACCUUUGAUGUCAUUUUUAGGGAACAGAAACCAAGUAACAGAGGCCAAGGACCGUGCAUAUUUCGAGGAGGGAAGGUGAGCACCCUCUGCUGGCAGUAUUUGGAGUUGCUUGAGUGAGGAUCUGUAAGCAGCCUGGAAGGAGUGCUGAGGUCAGCAGGUCUCAGGCAUCCUCAGCUUGCAAACAAUCUUGGGGAAACCAGAAGUUCAUUCCCAGCAGUUUUUGUAAUGCCUGUCAUUGCAGGCUGUUGGAUUUAUGUUGUUCUCUCUGGGUGUGAUCUAUCAUGUAUCUGAUAGUCUUUAUGGAUAAUUGUUUGGGUUGUAAACUCCUAUACUCUUUAUUAAAAUGAACCUAAUUAAGUGACUGUAA